UUGGAAAGUAGAGAAAAAAAACCUCUCGCGAUAGUACCUUGCUCAUGCAGCCGCCAUAUUGUGUGACAGUAUUUUGAUUCGUAUGUACUGGAAGUGAGGAAAAAGAGAAAAGUGAAGGGCUGCUGAGGGGAGGGGGGCUGAAGAAGAAGAGCUGUCAAAAAGGUAUUCCAGAGUCUGUCUAAAAGCGGAGUGCUGGGGCCCGCUAUCCCUCCCCCGAGCGUUCUUUCGAGGACAUAUACAGGCCCGGGGCCUCGGUGGUGCAACUUAGCUUUUCGUCUGCCCGAUACUAGCUGGAGCUUUCUCGGCUUCUCCUGUGCCAGCUCUGCGGCCCUCCGGUGGUCCGGCGGCGUUCUGAGGUGUCGUAGGCGGCCGGAGGAGCGGCAGCGGGGAGACGGGGAAAAGCGGACAUCCUCCUUUUUUACUCCCUUCCCCCCACCCCUCCCACUCCUUCCAGAAGAGGUUCAAAAUGAAGGCUUAUUGCUUCCACAACUAAUGCCAAAGUACGCCAUCUCAAACAAGCAGUCCUGACCUGGCACCAUACGAAUGGCCCAGGGAAGCCACCAUAUUGAUAUUCAGGUUUUGCAUUACCUGCGCCAGAAGUUUCCUGAAGUCCCAGAGGGUGUUGUGUCCCAGUGUGUUCUGCAAAAUAACAACAACGUAGAUGCGUGCUGUGAAUACUUGUCCCAGGUCAGUCCAGGCUACUUGUACGGUGAAGAAGGAAACCUCAACUUUUCUAACGACCCCAAUUUGACCAGGCUCCGUAAUCACAUGACCCAGCUGAACCUGGGCCUGCAGUCUCAGAAUGUGCUUGUGGCCCCAGUGCAAGACAGCCUGAGAAUGAAUGGCAGCCGGACUCUGGCCCAUAGCCUGAGUGAAGGGCCCCUACAGACAGGCCAGGUGUCAAACAGUAAUUUUUUUCAGCAGGAGCCGCAGUCUGCUCCAGUUGAAGGGCCCCCCAGUCUCAAUGUGUUUAGUGCAAUGGAGCCCUCACGCAAACCACAGCCUCCACAACACCUUGGACUCUACCCUCUGGGUGUCAAAGGAGCGACAAUGGGUCUCCAGCAAACGACACGUUUCAAUCCUAUAACCGUGACGCUAGCUCCUCAUAUUCAGACAGGCCGUAACACUCCUACGUCUUUACAUAUACAUGGUGGGCCACAGUCAGGUCUCAGCAGUCCACAGGGUAACGCUAUCUACAUUAGGCCCUAUGUCAGUCAAUGCGGUACAACUCGACAGAAUCAGCAGCAGGGAGGCAGGGCCCAGUAUAGUCCCACUUCUCAGCCUCAGCAGCAGAUAUAUCAGAUCUCUCAUCCUUCAUCCUUGUCGGGGUCAUGGUCCGGCCCUCAGCAAUCCUCUUCUUCACAUACCUCACAACAUCAGAUCCAGGGCCACCAGACAUCUCAUGUCUAUAUGCCAAUUAGCUCCCCAACAAAUUCCCAGGCUCCCUCCAUCCUUCCCACUGGAAGCCAGGUGUCUUCAUCUGGUGUAUCUUCUUCUAGCUCGUCUUCCUCCUCGUCCUCAUCAUCCUCUGUCAUGCCCACCUCGCUCUCUGCUAUCAGCCAGUACAACAUCCAGAACAUCUCCACUGGCCCACGGAAGAAUCAGAUCGAGAUCAAACUUGAAUCUCCUCAGAGGAGUAACUCUACCACGACAGCUGUGCUGCGAACAGGUGGUGGGUCCCGUUCCUCCUCCACCUCUUCCUCCUGCCCAUCCUCCUCCUCCUCAACUGGGGUUUCUACAGUCCCUGCCACCCCUCUCUCCAUUGGAGGCUCCGGUCUGAGCCGUAGCCAGCCCACUGUUUACAUUUCUGCUAGCCCACCCACUGCUGCUACCACGCUUUCUGAGGAGGCAAUCCUGGCCUCAACGGGAUCCCGUUCACAACCCAAGUUUUACAUUUCAGCAAAUGCCUCCAGCGAUGACAGUGGGGGUAGGAACCCUCCCACAGUCUACAUUUCAGCUAACCCUCCAUUGCAGGGUCCAUCAGGUGCAAGGAACAUUGGGGGCCAGGUGAGCAUGGGCCCCGCCUAUAUCCACCACCAUCCACCUAAAUCUCGGGCUUCAAUGGGAGUGGGAAAUACUGCUUCCUCGCCACGUGUGGUGGUGACUCAACCUAACACAAAAUAUACUUUCAAAAUCACUGUGUCCCCCAACAAGCCCCCAGCAGUGUCUCCUGGGGUGGUGUCACCUACAUUUGAGCCCAACAAACUCCUCAGUUUACCGCCAGACCAUCACUUUGCAGAGCCAGACCCCCUCCAUUUCUCAGACCCACUUUCACCACACAAGGAGAGACCCAGCGAGCCUCGCAGACUCAGCAUGGGCUCUGAUGAUGCUGCAUACACACAAGCGUUGUUGGUCCAUCAGAAGGCCCGCAUGGAGAGGCUGUGGCAUGAACUGGAGCUAAAAAAGAAGAAGCUGGAGAAGCUAAAAGAGGAAGUCAAUGAGAUGGAGAAUGACCUGACAAGGAGGCGACUGCAGAGAUCAAACUCUGCCUCCCAAAUUCCUUCACUUGAGGAGAUGAAACAGUUGCGGUGCAAGAACAGAUUGCUACAAAUUGACAUUGACUGCCUCACCAAAGAAAUUGAUCUCUUUCAAAAAAGAGGACCACACUUCAAUCCCAGUGCAAUCCAUAAUUUCUAUGACAACAUUGGAUUCAUUGGUCCUGUACCAUCAAAACCGAAAAGUACUUUAACAAUUGACAGUAAGAGUGUGGCAGAGCAGGAGGAAGACGAGGGGACGCAGUGGAGCUGCACCGGCUGCACUUUCCUCAACCACCCGGCCCUCAACCGCUGUGAAGAGUGUGACCUCCUUCGGGACUUCUGAGCCAGAGAGGCUGUGAUGCGCCCCUCUAUCUGCUUUCUACCACGCUUGAAUUAGGGGGAGGGGGGAUUUAGGCUAUGUGAUUCUUUUCCUAUGACAUCCCUAAUGGGGUGUAAUCAUGGAGCCUCUUUCCUCCCUUUGUUUUUGCUGAAUGCUGUCCUCCUGAAGGUUUGACUGGAUACUGUUUACAGCUUGUGUUUCUUCCAUAAUUAAGGCAGGCACAGUUGGAUAAUACCUCACGUUAGACACUCAAGAUUGUGUGGGGUCCUUUUUUUUCCGCUCAACUUCGACCCUCCCUCCGGGAGUGGGGGGGUUACCUCGCUGCUCCCACUUCCAGUAUUACAAUUGCCUCCCCUCGCAAUGUCACAUGUACACAACACAAGUGCCAACGUGCCUUUUGCAGUUUUUUCUCCUGCAGUGGUUCGUUGAGGGGAUUUGGGAAUGUUGGGCCGCUGCUCUCUAUCUGAAGGGAAAACUAGGACUACUCCUCAUAGACUUGGUUUGCUGUUUCUAGAGGAUGUUAAAGGGGAAGCUGGCAGCACCACUGCCUUUGAAAUGUGCCUCACACCCUGGCCCCUUUUUCCAAUCUCGCUUCGUUUUGACUUAAAAAAUGAAAAAUUGCAUGCUUCGUGUACAGAAAGUCCCUUUUUACUGUACAUAAGUUCAGAAUGUGCCUUCUUCCUCACACUAUGAAUUGUGUAUUUCCUGUAAGUAUAGCUUUAUAGACAUUUUUAGUUUUCCCUCUUAUUAAACCAGUAAGUGAAACGACCCCCCCUUACCCUCCUCCUUUGUAAGCUUCUUAGUUGAGUUCUGCAGGAGCAGGAGAGAAAGUAAAUAAAAUCUCGCAGUCAUCACAAAGCUCCACGUGCUGUCGCUCGUGUCACUGUUUGCUGUUCUGUGGACCAUUUGCAGAGGAAGCAAAGCAGGAUUUUUUUUUCCCCAGGACACCAAAAAUGCCAGAAAUAAUUACAAUCUGCCUUUUUUUUAUCUGACAACUGGAAUGUAGGUUUAAUAUUUUGGGGACAGCAGGACCUCGAUGCAAAAAGACAUUUCCAGUCCAAUCUUCAACACCUGAGUGCUCCUCCAAGUGCUGAGGAAAAGAUCCUAUUUGUUAUUGUGCGUCCAUUGUUCUUCAAAAAAAAAGUUUCCUUUUUUCUUUGUGGUACUGAGGUUCAUCGUGAAUAUGUCUAAAGGGUCCUUAAUAAAGGUCAGAAUUUUUACUUUGAGUGAAUCUAAAAAUAAGCACAAUUUCACUACUUUUUGGUUCAUCUUUUAUUGGUGAGGGUGCUUAGACCUAAGGACCUUAAUUUGGAGUUUUUAAUUUUCAGUUUUUUCCCCAACUCGUUUAAAAAGGAAAUAGAUUUGCAUUUGUUCCUUGAGAAUUAUUUUACAAACAAAUUUUAAAUCCAUCAAAAGUCAGAAAAUGAAAAAAAAUCUCUGAAAGAUUUGAUGUGAAACGUUUGUCUUUUUUUGCAGGCCAAAAAAAAUUCAGCUUGAUCUGGAACUUUUUUGAAGAGGUAUUUUAUUUGGGAUUUAUCAAAUGGAGAAAAACAAUUCAAUAUCUUUGUUUUUAUCUGGGAAAACUCUCUGUAUCAGAUAAGUUAUUUGUUUAAAGAAAAUAAAAUAAAAUCAAUAGAUUUUGGGGAAAGAGCGUGGGUAUGAUUGU